GGCACAGAGAGAGAGAGAGAGAGAGAGAGAGAGAGAGAGAGAGAGAGAGAGAGAGAGAGAGGGAGAUGUAUGGAUAUGUGCAUCAUAAAUGCAGUAUAAAUGUAUAGAUAUAUAUGCAUUAAAAAUGCAUCUAUGCUCCUUACGUUAGCUAUAAAAAAUUACAAUCAUACUUCUGAAUCACUUUUAAAAGUGAUAUCACCUAAAACAUAAUAUAAUGUGUAUACAGCCUCUCAAUCUGGUUUUCAUCUCUGCCAGUUUAAUCAACAAGCUUCUCUCCCACUUAUUGAGUUGCACCAACAAUCUAAUAUAGGACCAUGGAUAACAAUAUGAAAGAAAGACUUUUGAGUUUAGAAGCAGAAGGUGCAACUGAUUUAACGGAAGAAUCUGGGAAGAGUCGAAGAAGACAUGGAGGAUUGCAUUUCCUUAAAUUUUAUUUAGAGUUUCAUCUCAUGGAACACUGGUUGUGGCACAUUCAUUUGCUGGUCACAUUAGUGAACUUGAUCUCACUGCAUAUGCUCUUUCACAAACCAUCCUUGUAUGUUUGGCCUAUGGGCUAUUGCUGGGCAUGUCAAGUGCAACUGAAACUCUAUGUGGGCAAGCAUUUGGAGCAAACCAAUAUCACAUGAUGGGUAUAUACUUGCAACGAUCGUGGAUUGUUGAUGCUGUUGUUGCCACAAUUUUGACCUGUUUAUUCAUCUUUGAGACUCCCCUGUUCGAACUACUUGGCCAGGAAGAGGAGGUAGCAAUAGCUGCAGGAAAUUUCUCUCUGUGGUUCAUUCCCAUUCUCUACUUUUAUGUUUUUACCUUGACCAUCCAAAUGUAUUUACAAGCUCAACUCAAGAACAUGAUUGUUGGAUGGUUAUCUGCUUCCUCAUUUGUGCUUCCUGUGUUGUUGUCCUGGAUCUUUGUGAUCAAACUGAAUUUAGGGGUUCCUGGAGCAUUGGGUGCAAUGAUAAUAUCUACAUGGUCAAUGGUCAUUGGAGAGUUAGUGUACAUUUUUGGAGGCUGGUGUCCUAAAACAUGGAGAGGAUUCACCACUGCUGCCUUCACUGACAUACCGCCUGUGCUUGGAGUUAUGGUACUAUGCUAUUGUACUCUUAUUGGCUGGAUAUCUGAAAAAUACAUUGGUUGCAAUAUCUGCCUUCUCUAUUUGCAUCAAUAUUUAUGCAUGGGAGUUGAUGUUAGCCCUUGGCUUCCUAGAUGCAGCAUGGUAUGGCUUUUAUUAACAGAAUAUCUCGCCUUCUUUCUCUCUAGCGGUGGAAUCACUUUUCUUCCUCUAAGAUAAAUUUCUAUGUUUGUAUUUGUAUAGUGUAAGGGUAUCAAAUGAGCUGUGGAGAGAAAAUGCUGCAGCUGUAAACUUUUUUGUUAAUGUCAUCCUAAGUACUUCAACUCUUAUUGGAGCAUUCUUCUGGAUUCUAUGUUUGGUCUUUGGUCAUGAUAUUGCAUACUUGUUCACGAGCAAUGAUGAAUUAGCAGAAACUGUUUCAAGUCUCUCCAUCCUCCUUGCUUUCUCAAUCUUGCUUAAUAGCGUUCAGCUGGUACUCAUAGGCAAGUGUUUCCUUCUCUAGUAUAACAAUACUAGCUAUUGUUUCCACAUUGCUUACACACUAUAUUGACCAAAGAACUUCAUCCCCAUUCUAAAAUAACCAGAAAACAUGCUCUUUUCUUACAAAUAUAAGGACAUUCCCCAAGUUCAUUUUGAUCUUUAAUUUCUUCUCAGCAGGGGUAGCUGUAGGUGCUGGUUGGCAAAGCUUGGUUGCAUUUGUCAAUCUCGGCUGCUAUUACGUUAUUGGGGUUCCAUUUGGAGCCUUGCUUGCAUAUGUGGCCGAUCUUUCAGUUAGGCUAAGUAGAUUCAUGUCUAAAUAUCAGCCUUUGAAAUUUUGCAUGUCAAGUUAUAGAGCAGUAAUGACAGUCUACCAAUGAGUAGAUUCUUGGACUUCAUCCAAAAUAAUCAACCUGAUUUUAUUUCUAUAUGGCAUACCUACAUUGAAAAUGUCGACAAAAUCUCUAUAAUACCAUUUGUAGAGCACAAAGUAGGGUUGUAUGCUUCUACAUUUUUACAUAUUUCGGUAUUUAAGCAAAAUUUCUUCUUUGUUUCUAAAGGGUAUGUGGAUUGGAAUGCUGUGUGGAGUGGGCAUGCAAACUCUUGCACUUACCUACAUCACAUGGAGAACUAACUAGGAUGCUCGGUUAAAGAUUUUUAUUAUAGAAGUAGUGCAUCAGUACUGUGAUUUUGCCUCAAUGGCUUGAGAGCCAUGUGCUAUUCAAUAACAAGUACUGGUUCUUCUCGUAGGUUGAAAAGGCAUCAGACGUCUAAGUAGGUGGUUCUUGUAGUCUUCAGAAGAAUCUCAUGGGAGCUCCCAUCAAUUCUGAAAAAAUCAAUGAAGGAUAUGGGAGAAGAGACUAAAUGAGAAGUUGCAGGGAAAGUUAUGUGGAAUAUGAGAUUAAAUAAUUUAGGUAUAAUUAUAUUUUAUUUUAUUUUAUUUUCUUAUUAUUAUCAUUUUUUAUUCUUUUUACCAUUUGCUCAAGAUUUUGAUUAUUGGAAGGAUAACUUGUUUGUAGAGAGUUGAAUAUAGCUUGGAAGCAGUAGUGUC